CAGAGUGUAGAGGGGGGCUGGCGCUGUCUCCGCUUCGCUGGGUUCUGGCUCUCAAUAGGGAAGUGAAGGGGCGCUGCGCUGACGGUGUGUACAUGUUAUAUGAGUGAGUGUAAGAGAAGGGUGCAUCUCACUUCAUCUCCUCCUGCUCGUUCUGCACUAGGCUCCUUGACUUGGACGGGUUGGUUUCGGGAGAUCUCCUGACCUUGUGUGUUGUCUUUCUUCCUCCUCCUUUCCCCCCCCCCCUCCCCUUCCCCACCCCCCAACCUCUUUAUCCUUUUUUUUUCCGCUGAGAUAACUCUGAACGGUAUUUCGGGGGAGGGAAAGCCUUCCGCUUUUUUGAUUGAAUCGUUUUGUGAAAGAAAUACCAGCAACUGCAGUUCGCAGGCAGACAGUAUGGAUGUUCUACCGAGAUGCAGCAUUUUUCAAGAGCUUCAGAUUGUGCACGACACUGGCUACUUUUCAGGUCUCGCAUCACUUGAAGAAUACUGGCAGCAGACUUGCCUAGAGUUGGAACGGUACCUUCAAAGUGAGCCUUAUGUCUCCGCAUCUGAGUUUAGAUUUGAUGGACAGGAUGACAUCUUGAGUAAGAUCAUUAUGGUCUGUGGGGACAAGGAUGAAAGUGCCAAGAAGAAUGCAGGUUUAUUGGAAGAGGAGACCCAGGAGAGCCAAAACCUUGAGACCACCAGCUUAAGCUCCGACGCAAGCAGUGAGUCACUGGACAGUUCAGAGGAGCUUUCGCCCACUUUAAAUUAUGCCUCAAAUCCCUUAAGUACUGCUCUGGCAAAUUCAGAAACUGUAAACUCUCCGGUUCUGUCCACUCCACCAUCGUCUCCAGAGCUAACUAAGGAAUCUUCUACGCAGCUGUGGACCAAUCUGCAAGCGAGCAUUCCAGAGCUGAGUACACCAGUUAAAAGUCGUGGUGGAAAUGCUACAAAAUCGUUGGAAAAAUCUAGUCCUGUAAAUGGAGAAGCAUCACCUGAUGGCAGGAGAAGGAUUCAUCGGUGUGAUUUCAAUGGCUGUAGGAAAGUUUACACCAAAAGUUCACAUCUAAAAGCACAUCAACGUACUCAUACAGGUGAGAAACCUUACAGGUGUUCAUGGGAAGGCUGUGAAUGGAGAUUUGCACGAAGUGAUGAGCUGACGAGGCACUUCAGGAAGCAUACCGGGGCAAAACCUUUUAAGUGUGCCCAUUGUGACCGAUGUUUCUCCAGGUCAGAUCAUUUGGCCCUUCACAUGAAGAGACACAUCUGAAAGUGUCCAAAGAAAAGGUCGGUUGGCGAUUCAGCUUCAUAAUUGAACUGCCACACAAGGAGGAACGUAUGCUCCAGCCAAAGCAUGCCAUUUUGCACCCUACCCAGUAGCCUCCAGGGCCUUUUUUGUCAGGGUGUUCUCAGAGACUGUUGGUGUGAGUCGCAGCAUAGUAACUGUGGUACAUGGUGUUUUGGGUACUUUCCCAGAUGUGUACACUGGUACCUAAGCGUAUGAGUGGCUGCCGAGCCUCUGCUGUGAGCAUGUGUACUGAGAACAUUGACUGGGUUGACUGUAUGAUGAGGAACCAAUGAUUUUUUCUUGUGGUGAGGUAAGAUUGCAUUAAAGUGGGCUGGAUGAGUGUGUGUGAGAGAGAGAGAGAGAACGAAAGAGAAAAUAGAGAGAGGGACAAACCUGGAGAUGGGAUAACCGCCAAAUGUCUCCAUUGAUCCAUGCCUUAAAGAAGGUGCUGGACAGGAGACUGACCCCUUUCCCGUGUGAGAGGAGCUUUUGGUGUCUGGUGCAGCAGAUAAAUGUGCAAUGUGUCGAGUAGCCUUGUUCACUUGCUACAAAAAAGCUAAUUUGUAAUCCAUUGUAUAAGCUGUGUAUUAAGGAUAUAACACAACUAUAACUUUCAUAAUAAAUAGAAAGGUGUUGCAUGAUUCUGGGGAUUGUACACUUUUCAUUCUUUGUAAUUAGGGACUGCAAUUUGAUUCCAAUUAUGUGCAGUUUAAAAAAAAUCUAGUUGGGCAAUUGUUACAUAACAUAAAGGAAGCCUGGACUCUCUUUUUUGGUUGGAUACCACUAUAGCUUAGCAACUGAUUUACUUAAGCAGCUAAUUUUGGUCUUUGUUUUAUUUAUGCCUAAGGACUAAUUUCUGGUUUCUAAAUGUUAAUGCACUGUUGACAUGAAAUAAUGGUGCCUUAUGAAAGUGACCUUGCUACUCUACUGUAGCAAUCUCAUGUGGGUCACCAGACAGGGGUAUGGGUGACUUGGGCUCCAUUAAGGCUCCCUAUCACAUGAUCUUGUACUCUAUGCCUCUUUCUGUCUUUGACAUGGAAACAAUAAAAAAAAAUUUCUUUAAUCUUCUGAGUACUAAAUGCCAAUUUUUGUCUACCCAAGUAUUAAAUAUUCUUUUAUUUUUUUAUUUUGACUGAAUAUAAUGUAUUAAAAAGAUCUAUUAAAGAUGUUUCUUUAUUACAAAAAAAGUAUAUUGAUGUGCUGUUAAUGGUAACACAUUCCUCGUACUCCUAGCAUAAAAAAUGACCAUGAUAAAUUGCUUGGCUGUAAAGCACUGUUAAUUCAGAAAAAGCAUUUUUGCUUAUAACCCUAAUGUAGUAAAACAGAAGAUUUAUAAUGGUUAACAGUGACAUUGGAGAGACUCGAACAUGGGAUGAAUCAGAUAAAGUGGCUCACAGGGGCCUUUUGCGAGCACUAAUUUCCUUUUGUUAGCCUGCUGAUUCGGCACAUUAGGUAUUGAGCUGUCUAGAGUGCAAUAUCUUAAUUUGACCCAUCAAUGGACGGCCUGAGAUGGCGUUUUAGCAGACAAGUAAAAACGCAAUUGCAAGGGUUGUGAACAUGGUCAGAAUGCCAUUGUAUUUCACUGUCGCGAAGGCUAACAGGAGUCACUUACUGAAUUUUAAUCAACUGCCUUUUUUCUUUGUUAAAAAAAUCGCACAAAAAAUAUCCUUGAACAUCAGGAACUGCUGCUGAUUAAAUUAUCAGACCCACUGGGGUCUGGUGGUGGAGAGGAAUGCAGUUGGAUGGUAUAAUGUUUACACAAACACAUGGUUUUGAGGGCAGAGACAUUCGCACCUUCCCUUCUAUGCAUUUUUUUAUUUGCUAAAACCAUAUGAGGCAGCUGCUUUUUUUUUGAAGACAACUUAUGGCAUUUUGUAAACUCUGCAUGUAUACUAUGCUCUACCUAGUUGUAACAAGCCACUAAGUAAGGAUGCCAAUGACAGAAAGUACAAAAACUUGAAUCGGCUCGUGUUUUUUAAUGCAAUAUAUAUAUAUGCGUAUGUAUAUAAUAUAUAUACAUUAAAAAAAGUUGAAGUCACUGGAAGAAAAGGUUAGGCCAUGUACUAUUUUUCUAUUAACUUGCCAAUGAGCAGUACUUGUACUGUUCUGUGGAUAAUGGAGCCUUAAUGAAACCAUAUGACCUUUGGCUUGCGAUAAAAAUUGUUCUUAUUAUUGAUGUUUCACAUUUCUUUUUAAAAGCCCUGUUUAUCUCCAAACCUCUUUGUAAAAUUUUGUUAUUUGAAAUCUUUUUACAAGGUUUUAUUUGAAAUCGUUUUUUGCAAGAUUGUUAUAUUUCUGUAUGAAUGUAUUUUUUAUUGUAAAACAAAUGGAAAAUUCUUAUCA